CGCGACAGCCCUGCCAGAGUCCUGGUAGGCGCGCGGAACAGCUGUAGGCGCUGUCAGGUACUGUCGGUUGCCCGGUCCCGGGCUCAGGGUCCAGCCCUACCGCGGUGGGCGGUAGGAUCGGGCCGGGCCCGCGAUGGCGGAUGAUGGCGGCGAUGAGAAGAAGCAGGUGGCAAAAUUCGAGCUGGAGCGGGAGACAGAGCUGCGUUUCGAAGUGGAGGCUUCGCAGACGGUGCAGAUGGAGCUGCUCACCGGCAUGGCUGAGGUGUUUGGCACCGAGCUGACCCGCAAUAAGAAGUUCACCUUUGACGCUGGUGCAAAGGUGGCCGUCUUCACCUGGCACGGUUGCACCGUGCAGCUCAGCGGGCGCACCGAGGUGGCAUACGUCUCCAAGGACACCCCCAUGCUGCUCUACCUCAACACUCACACGGCCCUGGAGCAGAUGCGGCGGCAGGCAGAGCGCGAGGACGAGCGGGGGCCCCGUGUCAUGGUGGUGGGCCCCACCGAUGUGGGCAAGUCGACUGUGUGCCGCCUGCUGCUGAACUAUGCUGUACGCCUGGGGCGCCGGCCCACCUUUGUGGAGCUGGACGUGGGGCAGGGCUCCGUCUCCAUCCCCGGCACCAUGGGUGCCCUCUACAUCGAGCGACCAGCUGACGUGGAGGAGGGCUUUUCCCUGCAGGCCCCGCUGGUCUACCACUUUGGCUCCACCACACCUGGCACCAACAUCAAGCUCUACAACAAGAUCACAUCCCGCCUGGCCGAUGUCUUCAACCAGCGAUGUGAAGUGAACCGCCGUGCAUCGGUCAGUGGCUGCGUCAUCAACACAUGCGGCUGGGUGAAAGGCUCGGGCUACCAGGCGCUGGUGCACGCUGCCUCAGCUUUUGAGGUAGAUGUAGUGGUGGUGCUGGACCAGGAGCGGCUCUACAACGAGCUUAAGAGGGACCUGCCCCACUUUGUGCGCACUGUUUUGCUCCCCAAAUCUGGUGGAGUGGUGGAGCGCUCCAAGGACUUCCGGCGGGAGUGCCGAGAUGAUCGCAUCAGGGAAUAUUUCUAUGGCUUCCGGGGCUGCUUCUACCCUCACGCCUUUGACGUCAAAUUCUCUGAUGUUAAGAUCUACAAGGUGGGGGCUCCCACCAUCCCUGACUCCUGCCUGCCACUGGGCAUGUCGCAGGAGGACAACCAGUUGAAGCUGGUGCCGGUGACGCCAGGGCGGGACAUGGUGCAUCACCUGCUGAGCGUCAGCAUGGCCGACAGCCCCGAUGACAACAUCUCAGAGACCAGUGUGGCUGGCUUCAUUGUGGUCACCGGCGUAGACCUGGAACGCCAGGUGUUCACUGUGCUCUCGCCUGCUCCUCGCCCACUGCCCAAGAACUUCCUCCUCAUCAUGGACAUCCGCUUCAUGGACCUGAAGUAGCUCUAGCAGGGAUGGGGCAGGGAGUCCGGGGCAGAGGGAACACAUGGGGAUGUCCAUGCACAUCCCCAUGUACCCCAGUGCUUGCUCUUUGCCCAGCAGCUUUCAGGCCCUGGGUUUGUGCCCUUGUGCCAGCGGGUGCAGCUGGUGCAGGAGGCCACCUCUCGUUUUUAUAUCUUUUUGUAAAGUUUGUUAUUAAAUCUCAUUGCCCUUUGGCUCCGUGGUGCUUGCUGCUUUUUGUCUCGGCUCCGGGUGCUCACCACCCACCCCCGUGGAUAAUGAACAGGGACCUCAGGCCUAUCACGGGAAGACGAUCGGUCAAGGCGAAGCAGGGCGGAAGACGCUCCUUUUCCUCCGCUCCGCGGACACGCACGGGCUGGGCUCGACUCGGUUCCUGUCUCGUCCCACGGGUUCGCCCCGCAGAGCUCAGACCCCCUCCGGCGGAGUAAGCGCCGCGCACGCGCUCUGCAGUGCACGUGCGCCCACCCUCC